AUGUCAACCGAUGAUAGAAAACCUAAAAGAAAAACACCACAACCGGGACCAAUGAAUACAAUAACCACCACAUCGCUGUCCAACCAGAGUGGGUCAAAUGACUUCGUCAAGAAACUUUUCCUAAUGUUGGAAGAAGACAGCUAUAAAGAUAUAGUUCGAUGGACCCAUACUGGCGACUCAUUUGUAGUGCUAAACACCAACGAAUUCACCAAGGAAAUCCUUCCGCGUCAUUUCAAACACUCCAAUUUCGCCAGUUUUGUUCGACAGUUGAACAAAUAUGAUUUCCAUAAAGUGAAAAUCUCCAAUGAAGAAAGAGCAACUUACCCCUACGGUGACGACACUUGGGAGUUUAAACAUCCAGAUUUCAGACAGAAUGACCGAGAGUCGUUGGAUAAUAUCAAGAGAAAGGGUCCAACUUCGAAAAAGGCAACUCCAGGAGCAAGUUCAGCACUGGCAACCACCAGUCAAGUAAUCAACGGCGUUGAUGCCGCAGCUUUAGCUCGAUGUAAUCACAAUUAUACCCAAAUGCUCACCAGCCAGAACCAACUCAAAGACCAAAUGGAACUGCUCAGACAAGAAAACAAACAACUACAACAGGAAAUCAAUAUAUUGACGAGAAAAUACAAAACCUUGGUGGAGAAUAUCGUGGCUAUAAAUACUGUCGAUGAACGUAGCCAUAGAUCAAUGGGUAUAUUGGUAAACUGCUUGAUCCAAGCGGGGAUAAAGAUUCCGCCAUUGGACUUCCCACCACCACAGAGCCUACAAGGUGAAGUGAACAAUAGUGAAUUUGGCAGUUCCCUCCCAAGUCUAUCCUCACAUCUUCUAAACCACAAUACUCUGCCACAGCAAGCAUUACCGCCAGGAGCCGCACCACCCAAUGCACUUCCACAACAUCCACAACAAUCAAUACUACCUCCUCAUCUUGCCAAUCCUCCACCUCCACCUCCACCUCACCUACAACCUGCUAUCCAACUACCGCAACCGCCUACAAAUGGAAACCAACCACCUUACAUAGCUGCUACGCCGACAGCCCAGGCGAUUCCUUCACCAGGUGCCAUCCCACAAAUGCAGGGCCCAGCAAUGGUUCCCCAGCCUCAAGCAGUACCGCAGCCACCUCAGCAGCAAGUCCCACCAAUUAGUGCUGCCACUGCCCCUAAUGCAACUGCCACUACAGCUAACCCAGUAGCGGUAGCUACAUCUAUAUCGCGACUCGCGUCAUCUCAAGAGGGGUCAAAAUCUCAUUCUCAAACCACAUCAACUUCAGCAUCUCCACUAGUACCCGGUGCCGGUGGACUUCCUUUGGCGGUUCCUGGCCCUACAGAAGUUUCCGCCACCACCACGACAGUACCUAAUGCCAAAUUCCACGUUCUUCUCGUUGAAGAUGACAAUGUCUGCAUUCAACUUUGUCGUAAAUUCUUGGUCAAGUACGGAUGUCAAGUUACAGUUGUGACUGAUGGGCUAAACGCGAUAUCUACAGUGGAACAUACCAAAUAUGAUUUAGUACUUAUGGAUAUUGUCAUGCCUAAUUUGGAUGGUGCGACGGCUACGCUGGUUAUCCGAAGUUUCGACACCAAGACUCCAAUUAUUGCCAUGACUGGUAAUAUCGAAGACAACGAUUUGGUUACGUAUUUACAGAAUGGGAUGUCGGAUAUCUUGGCCAAGCCUUUCACCAAGGACGACUUGUAUCUGAUUUUGGCGAAGCAUUUAUUGACGGACAAGAGUGAGGGCGCCGCCGUAAGUACUGGGUUAUCAGAAUCGGCUUUGAAAGGUGCGAUUAAACUGGAGGAUGAUCAAAUUGUCAAAAAACCACGUUUGAUCUAG